AGAAGUUGUUACUUUCAACCACUUCCUGGAGGAAGCAGCAGAGAAAGAAUUGCGGGGAAAAGCCAGGCUCCAGCAUUUCAUUGAGAACCUGUUGCAGCGCGUGGAUCUGGCAGAGAGGCAGCUAGAAUAUUACCAAAAUCAGCAGAUGGUGUGCAACAACACCGACGUCAGUGAGCACGUGUUUACAGACAUUUCAUUAAAUAAGAAACCCAGAUGCCUGAGCCGAGGAAGUCAACAUGCUUCAUAUAAUAUCCCUGACGCAAAGCCUCACUCCUUUCAAAAAGGAAGAAUCCUGAUGAAGAAAUCAAAGGAUGAAAAAGCCAGCUUGCAGCCAGUGAAAUGCUUCUAUGAACCUGUUGAUUGCCCAAGAGAAAUAUGGAGAGCACAAAAGAAAGGGGAACCAAUCUGCUCUGCCAGGAAAGUGAGUGCAAAAUCAAAGAUGGGUAAAAAGGCCAAGCCGCUAUAG